AAUCCGGGCUCGGGCUGCGUUCGGCGUCGCCCGCUGCUCGCGCCUUAGCAGCGUCACAAUUCCAAGCUCCCGCCCGCCCUCUCCCCCCCCUCCCUCUCCGCGAGCGUAAGGCCGGCGUGGCCUUGAGCGGCGGCCUCCUCCAAUCAGCCGCCGCCUGCGCCCGACGCCGAAAUGCUUUCCGAGUAGCUUUGUCCCGAGCGGCGCUCCGUCCCGAAAGGCCCAGGCGCGUCAGGUGAGAGGUGAGGCGAGAGUCCUGGACGCGGAGGAGCCGGGCGGCGCUUCAGAGGCGAGCGGCUGAGGGGGCAGCCAUGGCGGCGGCGGCAGGAGCCUACGAGAACUUGAAGCUGUGAGUGGACGGCGACAGGGAGGGAGGGAGGUAGAGGGCGGGGAAAAAACCCUCCCUGCAGUGCAGGCCACCCCGUCCCAAUGGCAAGACCCGCAGUGCCCACCACCUGCCGGCCUCUCCUCGCCGCCGUCCUCCUCCUCCUCCCCUUCCGUGGCCAUUUUCCGAGCUUCCCUCCUCGGCUGCCCCUCUUUCCGACGACGCUCCAAAUUGUCCCCCCGCUUUGCACAGGCAAAACAGUUCCUCCCACUCGCCUCAUCUUCCCUGUCGCUUCAUUUCCCCGCCAAAAAUUUCUUCUGACGCGACCAGACUAGCUUGGGUUAUUUUUCUAUUUCCGACCCCUCUCACCCCAUGUUGCUUAAGUAACAGCAGCAGUUUUAUUGUUCGUACCCCGCCCCUCCGACUGGGUCGCCCCAGCCACACUGGGCAGCUUCCAACACACAGUAUAUUAAUAAAGCAUUGCACAUCACAUCAUUGCGCAUCUUCUAAAGGUUAUAUAGUUGCUCAUCUCAUUGAGGGCGUUUCCACAGGGUCACAUUGCCUUUCCUACAUUUUUCUUCUCAGUGGGUAUUUCCCCCCCCCCCCCCACAACACAAACAUUUAUUCCUUUUUUUCUGGUGCGGUUUUUCCUCCAGAGAGUUCAUAGAACCCUAGGGUUGGAAGGGACUGUAUGAGGGUCAUCAAUCCCUUGCAAUUUAGGAAUUUUUUUUUCCGUUUUACAACCCUGAUAUUGAGUCUCAUGCUCCACCCCACUGAACUAUCCCCAGCCUAUAGGUUUCGUGCAAGGUCUCUCUCAUCCACUUUUUUUUUUACGCUCGCCAAGAACUCUGUGAAUAGGUGAGGCUGAGGAGAAGGUGUUUGGCCCAAGGUCACCCAGAGAGUUUCAUGGCUGACACGACUAAACAACAACAACAAACAUCCCAGGCCUCUAAUCUGACCCUCAGAUCGCUAAUCACACACCUGCUCUUCUCACCCUGGGUCCUGCACCUGAAUAAUAUGUACUCUGAUUAACAACUAGGCUGCAACAUCUUGGGGACUAACUACUUCCUGGUAGAAAUGAGUUGCUUACUGUAUUUUAUUUUAUUUUAUUUUAUUUUAUUUUUUGAAUGCCUAUUCUGCCUGUUUCUCCAAGGAGAAGAGAGGUGGGUAAGACAGUUUAAAAAAAAAAAAGUAAAGCAGACAUAAUUCCUUACAAAUAUGGAGGCUCUUCCAUGUAAAAAUUUACAUUGUGUAAGAAAUAGUAAUUUCAGGGUUUUGUUGUCUGUCCUCUCGUUGCAAUGCAUACAGUUCCUGUAAAUUCUUACAUAGAAGCAGCUUCUUGGUUUACCUAAACUUCCUGUCCACUUUCACUCUGCAUGCCCAUUCUUUGUUUUCUCCUGUCAUUGUUUCUUCGCAAAUGUGAUUCUGCCUUUACUGUGUACCUGAAAAGUAGAACAACCUCUGCCAGUCUUUCUAGUAAUUGUAUUAUUCAUAAUGAAGUUAAAAGGGGGCUCAGUUGCAUUCUUUCUAACACUGUAGCCUGCAGGAACAAGAUAACCGAUGUCUGAAGUGAAGGUUAGCCUAGCAAAAUGAGAAAUGCCACGGAAGGGAACAUAUGGUUCUGGGUGGAAAGAUGACUCAGGACACUCCAGGGAGAUUCUUUUGUAAACAUCUUUAGUGUUGGUUAAAAGAGAUCUAGCAUCCUCAUCUUAAAACAUACCUACAUGGAAAGAAGACCUAUGAAAUUAGUGGAAUUUUCUUCUAAAUAUGCACAAUUAGAAGGUUAGAGUUUAAAUUCUCAGGUAUACCGUUGCUGUUACAUUUAAUUUCCGCAGUCUUCUGUGUGUUUAAUAAUUAAGUGCCUAAUCGCUAUGGGGAUCGUUCGAAAUCGAACUCUGUUCCUGGGUCAUCAUUUGUAUUACUUCAAGAUAAUAAUAGGUGGUUGUGUUUUCAAAUAGGCCUUUCAAGUACUUUGGGGAUUGCAAAAAUUUCUGCAACUUCCACUGGGAUUAGAUUUAAAGUCACUUUUCCUGUUGGCAUUUAAUUCUUGUGUAACCUGAUAUAUGUUUCAGUUGUGACAUUAUCUGAUCAAGUGGUAGGCGCAUGCAGGCCUCUUCUUACAUGUGUCCUUAGUUUAAUUUCAACAAGCUAAUUCAAUUGUUCCUUGGCUAUCCUGUUUUUCCUUUAGAGCAGGCAUGCGAAAUCUGGUGCCCUCAACCCCUGUCAUCCCAGACCAAUGACAUCUGGAGGACACCAGCUUCCCCGGCCCUGAUUUUAGAGUGCCAGCAUUAAAGCAAAGUGUAGAAAGAUUGUUUCAUUGUUGCAGUACCCCAUACCAGCUACAGGUUCCUCAGGAAUUAUAUUUACUGUUUUUAUUUUCUCAAGCCAUGUUUGCAUUCUGUUGUGAAAUAUUUCAAGAGAGCAUGUAGAUUAAUCAAUUGAUGGGCUGCUUUGUGGAGCAGAAAUGAGGAUGAGAGCAUGCAAAAAUAUAUGCAAGUGCCCACCUAGCUGCUAUUAGUUUAACAAUGAAGCUUAUAAUUAAGCCAGCUCAGUAGGACACAUUAAUAAAACCAAACAGCAGCGAUCUACUUACUUAUUAAAAAUAUUUAUACUGUAUACUGUUUAAUAACGAAAGUCUUUUGUAUUUAAAUAGUAGGCAUGCAAAUAAAGAGAAACUUACAGAAACAGAAAAAACUGUUGGAAACCAGUAAUAUGAAAAUUUGAAAGUACUGCAGUCAGUUAUUAUAAGUAUGUUAUGUACAUAUGGAUGAAUGUCAGUGAUAAAGGUAUUGUCUUAAUAUGGAAUUUUUAUCCUAUGACCUUCACUUUUUGAACAAUAUUCAAGAGAUUUUACCUUUGACUCUUAGUUGGAACCCCAAGGACAACCCAAACAAUUGCAGGUUUUGUGUUUUAAAUGUGAGCAGAUCAAUUAUAGAAGAUGAAAGUUCACUUUUAAACGUAGUUCUCAUGAAGCGUAGACAGUGUCUUCCCUAAGUAGCUGUCUACCCAGAUCCUGCAUGACUUGGAACAGGGAGCUGUCCCUUUUGCCUUUGCCAUUCAGUAAUGUAGGCUGACAUAUAGAAAAAGGCAUUCUUUUGAUCACUGUAUAUUUGACAGGCAGCAUCUCAGCUUUAAUAAAAUCAGAUGAAUAGCGAGCGAGAACAUGCAGAAAUGAUUUUUUUUCUCUUUAAAGAAAGCUGUUGCUGCUUUGCUUUAAAAAAUGGUUAGUUAUGUUAAGAGGGAUACUUAGAAGGGUUAUGCAAUUGAAAAUUAUUUGAUUGGGACAUGAGGCAACUUAAAGCACAGAGCAGCGUAAGUAGAACUGAAAUGUAACAUUUUAUACAAUUUGCAGAAUCACCUCUGUUCAGGGUGCUGCAUAAAUGUUAGUGUAAUGUGGCCUGUCUGCCCUCAUUCUCGUUUUAGUUUGAGGAUAAUGUCAAGAUGGAUGGGUGAUGCACUGCUCAGCACAGUAUGUGUGCCUUUUUUGAAUUCUUCUCUCGACAAUCUGUGGUUGCUGGCAUUGAGUAGCUUCCUGUAUUAGAAUAAUAUUAAGCAUUCAUGAUGGAAAUAUGUACAUUACUGAAAUCAAGGUUGGAGCAGUGAAACUGUAUAAAAGAAUUCUGAAAUGAUAGUGGAUGCUGAAUGCAAUGCUAACUUUAGAUGCCAUUAGAGCAUCAAAUACUAAGUGCAUAAUGUAUUUCCCCCUAAUUGGAAAAAGAGCAAGGUGCUUUUGCAGAGAAGACUUACAUCUGCAAAUCCCAAAUUAAUAUUAAGCAUUCAGUAAGGUCUAUCUCUGAAUUGUCUACCCGUUCUGUGAGAUGGUUGCAAGUGAGAAAAUAAUACAUGGAUUUUGUGAUUUGAAAUGCGUCCAGAUAUGUUUGGCAGCCUAGGAAACUAAACCAUAAAACUAAAAAAGACCUCAUUGCAAGAUCUUUAUCUCAAAUAUAAACUGGCUCAUCUAGGUAACUCAAGAUUGAAUAACUUUGAGUUUUCAUUUUUAAAGAACAUGUUUGCCUGUUGUUAUAUUGCUAAAAGAAACAAAUGUUGAUUUUUGUUUUUGUUUUAAAGCAAGCCUUUGUUGGUAUCCUGUUAAUUUUAUUUAUUUAACUUACUAGUUGUUGCUGGAUAACUUUGGAGAUAGAUUCAUUUAGACAGAUAGAGUGGAAAGGCAGAAAAGGGCCAUAACCUGGAAAUUUUGGUGAAGUUUGAAGGAAGAGAAGAACUAGGCAUGAAGUACAUGAAGGCGCAAAGAAAUACCAAGUCAAGGUUGCACUAGGGAGACAGGAUAUCCUCUUUUGCUGAUGCAUUUUUAUAAACAUUGGUUGGUAUUGCAAAACUGUGAUAAGUGCAAAUUUUGAAGGAUGGCUAUAGUUCUAUUCUCGUAUUGUUUCAGAAGUUGCACAUUUGGCUUUAAAUGCAAGCAGAAUCAAAUUUAUAGCAGUAGCAUUCAAGGGCAAUGAGAAACAAGGCCUCUCCAUUCCCUCAUUGCCUUUGUUAAUAAAAUAAAGAAAUGCACAGCUUUGGAAUCAAAGCACCAUGAUCGUACAGGCAACAAUAAGAAAAUACUACGGAAUAGUUGGGGAAUUCAGUUGUCUCCUGUGCCAUCUAGAUUGACAACAACUGUAGAUUGAUAUGCAAAGGAAGUUACAAAGGUGCACCAAUCUGAUCUUAUUUUGUUUUCCAGGCAGAUGCUAUAAUGAGCCAUGCCAGGAGUUAAACUCCUGUGGCAAGUUAAUGAACCCAGAAAGUGAUUGCAGUACAAUUGAUUGAGAAAAUAACUAUGAAGAUUUUAAAGAGAGUUUGUAAAUGCCCUGUGUUAUGCUAAUUGAUCAUUAGUUAGGAGGGUUAUGUGGUUUUGGAGUUUGGGUGAUCAGGCUGGGAGAGAGAGCAGUGAGCCAAACUUUAGGAUUCCUGGGAAUGUGACGUUCUCUUCUAAGUAAGGAGUCAUGAGACUCUGUUGCUCUAUUAUAUUUUUGGUAAGGAUAAGAGAGAUGGAGUGUAAAGCAUUUUGUAUGUCAAAGUCCCUGAGAAAUUCCGUAUUAAUCCAUCCAAUCAUAAUGUGUUGCAAUCAAAGAACAAACAGUUGGAACAUGUGUUUGCUCGUACACAAUCAUUUUAUUUUAUGAUGCCAGCAUUAAAUGAUGUGCAUUUCUGAAUUGGUUGGCAUGGCUAAACAUCGGAUAAAAUGCUCUUAUGACUAAUAUCACCAUAAGCAGCACUUGUCUUUUCAGUUGCAACAGAUCCAGUGCUAGACUGCAAGCAAGGUAUGUGUGCAGGAAUUAGCCCUAAGCUGUACUGCACCUAUAGAAAUAGGAUCUGAACAUGGAACAGUCUUAAUACUCAAGUAGCUGAAGAGGUUUCAGUCUUUAGACCCACCAGCCAGUUUCAGAUUUUAGUUUAUCCUUCUUUAGUGCUUUUUUAAUGUAAGAUGCUCUGCAGGUUUUUCUCAUUCUUCUUUGUAUCUCUAUUUGAUAGCCUGUCUAAAGUUCUAGCAAUAUCUGUUACCUUAGACUAAGGAAUGGAAAAAGGCAGUAGGAGGGGAAAGUUAACAUUUCUGCGCUUCCAAGAUUUCUAUCUGGGAGGAAAAACCUUGCUGCUGUGAAAACAGUGUGUGGAGUCAGGUGGCUGAAACAUCAAGCAGCAAGGGGCCCUAUCCAUUUUCCAGCUGAUAAGCAUGGAAAUGGCUUACCUACUUUAGUCGCCCUGCUCAGAGAUCCUCCCUGUUGUCAGUCCUUAGUUUUGAGUGCCUUGUAAUUGGCCUCUGCCAGCAUAAUGGAUGACUGCAUCUGAGGCUUGCACUCCCUUUCUCUCCUCUCACCCUGUUUUGCCAAUCUCACUGCUUAACAGUGCAUAGAUAUCUUGUCCCUUCUCCUAAAUCAGCUGCUCAAAGGCAUCUUUCCCCCACUUCUUAUCUUGCAUUGCUCUGUUUGAAGUUGUCAAGUUGUUUUGCUAAUAAAAAAUAUGGGCUCCCAUAUGCUUUCCCUGCUGAAAAUGAAAGUGAAUUGGUUGCUCUUUCCUUUUGCUGGAUAGCUGCCAUUUGCUGUGAAUAUGGAAAUGUGAUUCCAUUGUUUGAUCUCGCAUCAUUUGCAUGUCAUGCGUGUCUGUGCCUAAUAAUGUAAUUUAGUUAGGUUAUUAGCACGUGCCAUUCUGAGCAGAAUGUCUUUUUUCUUUUAAAGAAAGCGUUAGAAAGCAAAUACACUUAAAGUAGAUUUUUUUAUUCUUGGUGUCUUGCUCUGAAGUGAUAUUUAAACUACAGACUUCUUAAAUCAUAUUUCUCAUCCACUGUGGUUAUCUACAUUUAGUUGAGUGUUUUUGUGGUAUGUCCUGUAAUUUGUAUGUUCUGCCCAGUGCCCAGAACACAUGGCGAAAGUGGGGAGGUAUAGGAAAAAUCAAGAGAAGCACAAUGAAGCAUUGGGAGAUGGACUGGAUGGUGCAGAGAUAAUUCAGCUACAUCAAAAAUUGAAUGUUACGCAUGUGAGAGAUCUUCCUCUUUUAGGAAGAGUGCUUCUUCCUUUCAAAUUUAAGUUUUGUUUUCAAAGUUUCCUCAAAGUAGUAAGAUUUGAUGUUUGACUAUACUGAUGCUAAACAUAGGACGUUGCCUUAUAUGAACUCAGACUAUUGGUCCAACCAGCUCGGUAGUACAUUUAGGAAACACUCUCAUGGUUUCAAACAGAGAGUCUUUCCCAGCCAUACCUAGAGAUAUUGGGGUUUGAACCUGGCACUUUUUGCAUUCAAAGAAGAUGCUCUACCACUAUAGCUCUUCCCCAAACCAGAGCUUUUUACUUCCUGUCUUUGUUUACUGUCUUGCAUAAUGGGUAUAUAUAGCUUUUCUUCCUAUGGGUGAUCGUGAUAAGAAUUCCAGCGAGCCCUAGUAUUUUAAAGUGAUGUUGCUUGUCUGGUGGUGAUCUUGCACAUUUCUUGCAUUUUAGGCACAUAACGCCAGAAAGAUUUUAUGUGGAAGCUUGUGAUGAUGGAGCCAAUGACGUACUUUCCAUUGACAGAGUCUCCACAGAGGUCACUCUUACAGGUAUUUUUCAUCAUCACUUUGGAAAUGCUGUAGUUUAGCCUUAAAUUGUUUUCCUUUAAGCUACACAGUAAAUUAGCCAGCAACCUGAAAACUAUCACAAAUCUGGCUCAUAAACCCAUCAGUUAUCCUUCUUCCUUCGUAAUACUGUAUCUGUUUAUACAUUUCUUGAUCAAAUUUAUUUUCAUUUACCUGUACAUUCUGAAAAUUUAGUGUGUGUUUGUGAAAAUUAUUAUGUAUAUUCAAGUUUCUCAAGCUUAUAUUCAAGCAAUGAGCUUUGGAAUAGAAACUUUUAGGAAAUUCUGUUUAUUGUGUAGCAGUAUAUGAAUCCAGUUGGCUUUAGCUGUACAAACACCACACUUCCUGGUUGCAAUACAUCUCUAGUCGAAGAAACAAUUCAAUACUGAAUCAAUAUUUGGUGAAGGAAGGAAAGAAGCAGUAAUGACUCAGAACUUUUCUGUGUUUACGUUUUUCCUGUAUGUAUCAAAUGGUGGCAGGAAUGCUCCAUGGUAGAAUAAGCUUAAAACCUGCUAGGCAAAUUUUGCUUCCAGUCUGCUCUUGUGGAGCAUCUUUAUUUAUUUGUUUAUUCAAAAAGGUGAUUUACAGUAUCUGAUAUAAUCAGUUAAAAACAUAUACAACAUUAUAAUAGCAACAACGGCAAAAAAGACCAACCAAAACAAACAAUGAACAGAAACAAUGGAAUCCUACCACUCCACACAGCCACUAAAAAGGGAGGUGGGACCUAAGAACAAGCGAAUCUACUCCAACAAUUAAAAGUAAUUUCAAAAUUCUUUGGUACAUUACAUUGAUUUCUAUCAUAUAACUGUUGUGGCUUCCGCCAAAGAAUUUUAGAAAUUGCAGUCUGAUGAGGAGGUAACAAUUUAGUUAGAGAUUCCCAGACCCACUGCUGAACUAGUAAUUCCCUGGGACUGACUGUUUAAUUAACAGUCAAUAAAUAUAGUUAAACCUCUUAAACUAGGUGGUUCUAACAUUCUAACCCCCCCAACUAUCUGCAUGCUUUAAAAGCAGUGGCAUUGCUGCAUAUUUUUGAUUUCUUACUUUCUGUUGAUGGUAAUAAAUAAUUCUCCCCCACUCCCAUCAUUUUCCUGGUUGUGUUUUGGUUCUUAUGACUCUGUAGCCCCCAGUGUUGAUGGUAAUUCUUCUAAAAUAAAUGCACCUUUCCAUACUCACAAAUACUCUGCUGGGACUUUUACCUGCAGAGACAGGUAAAAGUAUUGAAGUCAGGAACUGCUAAAUACAGCACUGAUCUUAAGGCUUCAGUAAAUCAAGUCUGUAUUGGCGGGGGGUUGGGGAAAGAAUCUCAUCUAAUGUGUGAAUGAUUCCAAAUUCAUCUAAUAAACAUUAGUGUUAGUUCCAUGUGUUUAAAUUUUCAAGUUUUUAGUUUUGAUCUUAGUAAUGUUAAACUAUUUAUUAUGCACACAGGGUCAUUUAAAUCUUAUUGGAUUGUGUUUGGCUGCAUGUGAUAGAUCUAAUACUGGUAUACUGAGACAGUGUAUCCUGUUUUUCCUUUGCAGUUAAGAAAGAUAUUCCGCCUUCAGCAGUUACUAGGCAAAUAUAUGGCAUUUUGGGGACAAUCCGUCUAGUGGCAGGUAUGAGAAUUUCAGUUAUGAAGAAGUAUUAUUUAUGAUGUCUCACAGAUAUUUUGAGAUCUUAUAAUAAGAGCAUGGUGCACAUUCAGAAUUGUUAUGUGGUACCACUCUGCUGGAAUGUCAUCAUUUUAGGCUGCAUGUGUGGCAUUGCAUAUUUUUAAUGUUCCCUCUUUGUGUUUUAAGUAUGGCUUAUAAAAGCAGCACAUUAUGUUGAGGGCUCAGCCACAAUCCGUCCCCCCGCCAAUGAUGGUUUUUGAAGUGAAAGAGCAUUCAAAUUUGUGGUUGCCUAUUUGACAAUCUUUGGGAAUGGCGAUUUGUGAUGAGUACAUGCAGCCGGAAUAUCAUUUAAAAACCACAGUGUCCAUGAAUCUCCUGAAAACUGGUACAUGGAGCAGUACAACAGAAACAUGCUUCGUCAUGUUUUGCGGUAGAUUCCAGCUCUCAAGAUUGUAGUGGUGAUGACAAAUAUUGCAAACUAUUUGAAGCAAGGCAUGAAGUUCAGUGUCCCUGCCAACUUCCCUGCUUCCUUUUUGCUAGAACUGCCUUAUAUUAGUAGAAGACAAAUCAGUAUUGCUAACCAGAGUCCUUCUGUUUUACAGGCACGUAUCUUAUUGUAAUAACAAAAAAGAGAAAAGUAGGUGAAUUUUUCAAUCAUGUUGUUUGGAAAGCAACAGACUUUGACAUCCUCUCUUACAAAAAGACCAUGCUACAUUUAACUGAUAUUCAGGUAGGAAUAGAUUUGGUAAUAGAAACACCUUUCGGCUACUUUGAAAUAUGUUUGAGAUGAAAUGAGCAUAGAUCUCUUUGUUAAAAAAAUACGACUUGUUCAAGCAUUAUUUUCAUGAAUUCAAAAAAGGCUGGGGUCCAAGGGGACACUUUUUCUCAGAGGAUACCUUCUCAUUGCAGCAUGUUCCUUUCACUGUAGAGCUGCUUCUGAAGGCCAAGACAUCCUCCAGAACAAAAUUUAGUGCAGUUAAGAGGGUAAAAUUGAUGCAUUCCCAUUCCUUCUUGCUUGCACUCGGAGCUGCUGUUAGGAGCACACAGUGUUCUUUUACUCCUGACCAUAAGUUCUUAACUCCUCAUAAACAGCUGUGCAUUGGUAUGGUGGAAUUGGGUUAUAUUUUAGCAACAGAAUGCUUUAUCUUGAAAAGAGGAACCUUGAAACACUUUCUCUGUGAGCUCUUUGUCGGAUAUUGUAGGAAACUUGUAAUAACCAGGAGGGGAAAUUAGAGACAGUGUGGCAAAUAAUAAUGCUUUCCCUCUUUAACAGUUACAGGACAAUAAAGUCUUUUUAUCAAUGAUUAGCCAUGUAUUGAGUGUGGACGGAUUUUAUUUCUCUACGACAUACGACUUAACGCACACUUUACAACGGUUGGCUAAUACCAGCCCGGAGUUCCAAGAAAUGAGCUUGCUAGAAAGGGUAAGAAAGGAUACAGUUUAUUGCCAACUAAAUAUAUAUAUAUAUAUAUAUAUACAUACACAUAUAUAUACAUGCACACACACACACACACACAUAUAUAUAUAUAUAUGCACACAUACAUAUAUAUAUAUAUACACACACAAGAUAUGUGUCUUUCAGUACCUGAAUGAUAGCGUGUUUAUUUAAACUGUAAAUAGAGACUGUCGGGACACGGGUGGCACUGUGGUCUAAACCAGAGUCUCUUGGGCUUGCCGAUCAGAAGGUCGGCAGUUCGAAUCCCCAUGAUGGGUUGAGCUCCCGUUACUCAGUCCCAGCUCCUGCCAGCCUAGCAGUCCGAAAGCAUUCCAGUGCAAGUAGAUAAAUAGGUACCACUGCGACAGGAAGGUAAACAGCAUUUCUGUGCGCUAUGAUUUCCGUCACGGUGUUGUGUUGCGCCAGAAGCGGUUUAGUCAUGCUGGCCACAUGACCUGGAAGGCUGUCUGUGGACAAAUGUCUGCUCCCUCGGCCUGAGAGUGAGAUGAGUGCCACAACCCCAUAGUCGCCUUUGACUGGACUUAACCUGCCAGGGGUCCUUUACCUUUUUAAUAUUUAUUUAAACUGUAAAAGUUGCAAUGUAUUAUUAUGUAAUAUCCUGUUUGCAACAAAAGCCAUUUGAUCUUAAAUUUAGAUUGAUAGUUUGGGGAUUUAUUCUGCGAACCACUGAUCUACCACCUGAUUUGUUUUACUCUUUUUGAGGAAGAGAGGCAUGUGUUUCUUUAAUUGUUAGAUGGUAGGGGAAAGGGAUUGGCUUACUGCCACAUUUCAGGAAAGCAUUGUCUGAAAGCAAACAAGAUCCUUGGUGUUUAAAAUUUACCCUAUGAUGCAACUCCUUACAGGCAGAUCCUCGGUUUGUAUGGAAUGGGCACCUCCUUAGAGAAUUCGCUGCUCAGCCUGAGGUAAUGUAUAUGCAUUUUGCUGAGCAUAAUCUCCAUAAUGUUGAAGAUAGUGAAAGCACAGCUAUAAAAGCUGGCCUGCUUUUGGGUUCAUGUGACCAGAACAGCUGGUGAUAAAAUGCAAAGUCUUUUAUGGUUGUAGCAAACUAUAUAGUAAUAACUGUUACAGAAACCAAUAGCCUUUAUUUUAAAUGGAGCAGAGACACUAGUGCUUGUGCUAGUUGAAAAAGACCUUAAUAAAGUGGGGGUUGCUAGGCAUCUUUCCCAAUCAAACAUGUUUGGCAAAUCCCUGGUUCAGAACUUAAAUUUGUCAGCCAUCCUCCUAUUAAGACGUGUGUAGAGCAAAUUCACUCAAUCAACGUCUUGCACAGCUCGAUAAGAAGAGUCCUCAAUUAUGCAUGCAGGAUACAGUUUUUCCUUGCCAAGACGUGGUAUUAAUUCCUCGCAGGUCAGCUAACCACCCUAAUUCCUUUCAGCAGUGAACAGACAGUAAGCAAGUUGCAAAUACAGUGUUUGCCAAUUGAUCCGGGUGAGGUGGCUCCCAGAAUGUUGCCUUUACAAGAGAUACUACAAAUCUCCCUUGAGAUGUCACAGCAGCUGCCGAGAGCCAAACAAUUCAUUAAGACUGUCGACUUAACAAAAUAGCAGCUUGUGAAACCGUUAGUGAUGAAAACAAUCUCUUUCUAGCCUGCAGCUUUAUUAUCAGUUGGAGGGGGAAAAACCUCACCUAUCCUGUGCUCUUUAUGUUCAUACAAAUGCUUAGUUCUGCGAUUAGCUGCCUUAUAGUACGAUCCAACAAUUAACGCUUUGAGCCAACGGCAUUUAGCCACGGAGCAGAUAGCAUUCUUUACCAAUAGCUUAGAGUCGCGAAGUCCCUGGUUGAAGUUUUGCCUGAGCCAUAAGUUUGGUAGGUAAUAGGAAACCUUUUCUUAAACCAAGAACUAGUGUAGCAUUGUAGCUAAGAACCUGAGCAGAGAAUUGGGGAAACUCUUAGUCUAAAUUUCACUUCAGAGAGAAGAAAAUGCAAGCAUCAAAGCCACUCAUUUUAUUUAUUACUCCAUUUAUAUCCCACUUUUCUUCCAAAGUGCUCAAGGUGGAGUACAUAUAGUCGUACCUUGGUGGUUGAACGGAAUCCAUUCCGGAAGUCCGUUCAACUUCCAAAAUGUUCGGAAACCAAAGAGUGGCUUCUGAUUGGCUGCAGGAGCUUCCUGUAGCCAAUCAGAAGCCGUGGAAGCCCCAUCGGACAUUUGGGUUCCAAAGAACGUUUGUAAACUGGAACAAUUAUUUGGGAUUGCAGCAUUCGGGAGCCAAAACAUCUGAGUACAAAGGCGUUCAGGAUCCAAGGUACGACUGUAGUUACAACAACUAAUGUGUUUUUCAAACAGUUUCAUGUUACAAAUCCCAAAUCUUAUAACAUAAGUUCCGGAAAACAAGUUCCUUUAAGGAAUGCUUAUUUUUGGACUUUGAACAAGACUCUUCCCUUGUAUAUCCCUCUUCUGUGUAGGUAUAAGUUUAUUUCUCUUGCGUGUGAGAAGGAGUUACUUUGCUUUGCCCUUCCACAUUUUGUCUGCCAAAUCUCAACUUUGGUAGGAAUAUGCCAGGUGGCCACCUUCUUUCCAUGCAUAUGCAAUAAGGAGUAAGUUCCAUCUACCUUGCAAGGUGGUUGAAAGGAUACGGAAACAAUGCAUGUGCGAGGGUCAAAAAUCUAAAGCAUGAUAAAAUUAAGGUAUAUUAUUGAUCUGUGUGCUACAAGCAGGUGGCACUAAGUACAUACAGUGUGAGUACAGAACAUUUUACUGUAAAUAAAUGCUGUAAAUGCUGUAUUGUUAGUUUGUCCAAAUUCUGUAUUGGUUAACAUUCCAAUGUCCAGUGCUUGGGCAAGUCUUCAAAUACUCAAAUACGGUGGUUCAACUGUGAAAUGUUUGUUUUACAGAUCCAUAGGUUUGCCACUCCAGUGAUGCAUGGAUGUAUCUUUUCAUGAUUCUGUCACAAUUCGAUUAAUAUUUAGAGCCCUGGCAGAGUGCUGCUUCCACACUAGUUCUACAAAAUGAGGUACCUGAGCAACUUGAAGGUGGAAACGCCAAAGCUUUUUAGCAUAUACAAUCUUUAAUGCCUCCUCUAAAACUUCCAACUUCAUCCUAAAAGCUACCCCCUCCAAAAACAACAUCAUCCAGGCACUGCAGGGACUGGGAGAAAAGGAGCUGGCUGAGUAAUACUAUUUACUGUUUCUUGACUAGAACAUAAAAAAAAAUUGUGCUGUUCAGUGCCAAUGUAAUGAGGGGUCAUGAUUUGUGUUUAAGAUAUUAGCCGGUGAGACCAAAAUGCUGACAUGUGGAGCGCUGCUCUUCAGUGUUGAGCCAAGCCUUCUUCCAUAAAACUCCGUUGCUUUUCAUUUCUAAUCCCCACUCUAGCUUUCAGUUGGCUUCCCCUCCUCUCCCCCAAACAAUUGACCAGCAUUACAUGGCCAUUCAGUAGUGUCUGUUGGGUGGGUUGGUUGGUUGGUUUUUUGUUUUUUGGAAUGGGGUGGGAUGCCUCUUAGGGUUUUUCUGCAGAUUUUCUGAAGUAUUGUGGGAUCCCCCAAGCAUGGUUGCACCACCUGCUUCUGUGUGCAUUGUGGUAUUUUGGCUACAUAAUAUGCCCUUGGAGUUCACUUUAGUUAGUGUGUGGGUGUAUGCGCAGUGCAGUAAAUACUAUUUAUCAGGUUUGGUUUGAAGUCCCAACAUAAUGGCUUCUUCAUAAAAAUGUUUAUACAGAUCUCUUUUUCCCUACCAGUUGGAAAUUUAGGGCAAAUGCAAAUUUCUCUUCCCCUCUAUUCCUAACAAAAGCAACAAAAAAACCCCCCAGUAUUUUUUAAUCAUGCAUGCACUCAUAGAUAUUAAGUUGCUUGCUCUUAACUUCAGUGUUAAGAAGUUUGAAAUGGAGAAAAUAUGUUCUCCAUGGAUUGCAUCCAACACUGACUCUUAGCUGAUGAUAAGGCUCCCAUCAGUGGAAAGGGGAGAUAAGCAAUUUUUAGUGAUUCACUAAAUCUGCUCUGGAGAGUCCCACAAUCCUCUGGAACAGAUCUGGAAGUUCAGAGAAGAGAGAAUACCUGAACAUUGCCUCUCUCCUCGUUCAGCUGAUUAAAGCUUUACUGUCAAGGAAGUAAUGGUAUGUGUUCCAGCUCUGUGUCCGUAUUCCUGUAUCUCAACCAUUCUGAGAAAGGUUGUUGAUAUCGCUCCCUUCUCGGAUUUACUGUUGUUGUCAAUGUGCACAUGUGUAUUCCUUAACACAUCUCCUUCAAUCAGUUAUUAUCAUGCACUCUUGUUCCAUUAAUGGAAAAUACUUUGACUGGAUUCUUAUUUCCCGAAGAAGUUGUUUCAGAGCAGGCGUGCGCUACUAUGUAAGAGGUAAGACACAUGCACCGCAAAUGGUUGUUAGUAGUGCUACCUCGGUGAUGGGAAGGUGUAUAUUAAUGAUGCAUAAGGCCCGAAAUGACUCACUGAGUGGUACCGGACUGCUAUACUAGUUCCCUGGCAAGUGAGUCCCUGUUGCUUACCCAAAGGGGGAAGGGGCAAGGAGGUUGGUAGGGUGCAAAUGUUCCAGCAGAGCCAAUCCAGUGCUUCUGCUAGUGCAUUUGCACCGCACCAACCUUCCUGCUUCUUUUCCCCUUCUGGUAAGCAACAGUGACCCACCUGCUGAAAAGUCAGCAUAGUGACUCCUUCCCACUUCUGUGUAAGUUGCUUUGAGUGGGACAGGCCCCCAAAGGCAGUCUUGUUAACAGGAUGAAACUGUUGUGUUUUACCACAUACUAUGCAGAUUUAGUUUUGAAAAGUUCUCCAAGUGCCUCUACUAUCUCCACACGUUGAUGCAGAUUCAAGUUGCUUGUGUAUAAAAGUAUAUCUCUUUGGAGGAAGGAAAAUGCACAUUUAAAAAUAAACAAACCAGCAAAUAUGUGUGUGUACACACAAACAAUCUAUAGGCAAAUACCCCUUUAAACGGGGGGUAUGUUCCAAGGCACAACCCGUUUAAGUAAAAUUGCAUAUAUUGGGAACACCAUUGAAAAAGCCUGCAUUUUGUUGAGGGAUCUGAGUAAUCCCAAAAUAUGGAUUUAAUAUUGUGUGGGAAAUGUUUUAUUUUCUAUUUUUUUUGUGUGUGGUUUCUUCUUUUAUACUUAUGUGAUGAUAAUGUUUAAUUGUGAAAAUAAAAAUAAAAAUAUAUAUUUUUUAAAAAGCCUGCAAACACCCUCUAAAAAACACCCUUGAGAAACCCUUUGAAAAACAAAAAAUCCACCACAGUCUCUCCCUCCAAACCUCCUUGCUCAAACACAACUCUCUGCAGGCCUCAAAGGUUGGUGCAAAGGCUUAUGGGGUUGCUAUUUUUGUGCCGUUUUUGCCCCUUUUCAUGCCAGUUUGUGGUGAUGUGCGUGUGUGCCUUGAACAUACAUAAAUAGGGAGUUUGUCUGUAUAGUUGCUGUUUGGGGAAGGAAGAAAGGGGCGGUUCAUUCAUUCUCUGUCCCUCCAUGCCAAGUGCAACUCAAUGCAGCGAUCUCCCCCCCCCCCAACCACCUUGGAACAGCACCCCUCACAAUUCUGCAAUUGCUGCUAUUUAACAAACUGUUUUUGUGAAACAAAAAGCCCCAGUGGAUACAGAGAGCUAACUGCAUGUUUUUUUCCUUGGACUAUGAUUAUCUUCUUGAAGUGGGUUCAUUGGUGGCGAAGUAUCUUCCACUACUUGUCCUUUAAUACCUAGAGAGCUGCUGUACCCAGUAACAGAAACACACUUCCUAUGCAAUAUUUUAUGAAUGCACAAAAAUGCAACAUAAAUAAUCCUCUGCAGGACACGGUGUUCUAUUGGAAGUUCUUGGUUUCACUGUACUUGAUGUUUGCAGAAAUGAUGAAAUGGAAGGAUGUGGAUAAUAAGGCUUUGAGCUAUAGGCAGUCAGGUAUAACUCUGAAUUGCUUAAUCUUGCAGGUAUUGAUUCCGAAGGACAUGCAGCAAACUUCGUAGAAACGGAACAGAUAGUACAUUACAAUGGGAGCAAGGCAUCUUUUGUUCAGGUACGUUUAUGAAAUUUCUCAACAGUCCUUCAUCAGAAAGGAAUCAAGAUGAACAAUACAAUUAAGGGAGCAUAGUCAAAUGAUAAUUUAAAAGGAGCACAGGAGGCAGCUUGAAAAAUUUAACCAAAAGCCUGGGGGGACAGAUAACAUUUUGAUCUGGUGUAGAAAGCCCAGUAAGUUUGAGGCCCUAUAUUUUGGUUUUUAUAACUAGUCUUUGCCUCUACCCUCUUAAUGCAAGUCUGCUCAAAGAUGUGAUGCAGAGGUUAUUUGGGAGGUUGUGUUGACAACAUAGCAUUGUAUACAAGUUGUACAAGUGACAAUAAAGUAUUUCAAUUCAAUUGUAUGCUUCAGUUUUCUGUUCUAUUUGUUUUCCAGACACGUGGAUCAAUUCCUUUUUUCUGGUCGCAGAGACCAAACCUCAAAUAUAAACCAAAGCCACAGAUCAGCAAAACAGUAAAUCAUGUAUGUUUUAUUUAUUUUUUCCUGUCCAUCUGCAGCGAGGGUUAGGGUUAGGGUUUAAUAUUAAUAUGGUGCUAAUGGCUGUAUGCAUUUGCAAAAAUCCCUAAGGUGGUUGCUGCUCUUCUGCAGAGUGUUUUUUCCCUAAGGUAUUCCUCAAUAUGGUUUGAAGGUUUUCUCUUGAAGCAGCAGUCCUCUCAUCUUCAAAGACAGACUUUAGUCCUUAAUUUUCCCUGAACCACUCUAUACUCUAUACUGAAGAGGGUUUUUUUAAUCCAAGAAAGCUUGGGGCCAGUCCAUAGGUCAAGAACAGGAUGGCUGGCGUUGCCUCACAAGGUCCUUUGGUUGGGAAUGUCUGAACCUUGAUGCAAGCCAAUUAGCAGGCAAGGGUGCCUGGUAAGACCAAGACCAAACACUUGAAUUUAAUGUGGACUCAAGAACUUUACCUGCUUAAUUGUUUGCUCAUUGAAAGGCUAACAAUCUUUUGUAAGCAGCAAGUAGUUUCUGGUUUCUGAGAAAUGCUCCAAAAGUGAUCUAUAGGGCUGGUUUGAAAUCCAUAUUGGUUUCAUAAAUUUUGAUCUGGCAAUAUAUUGCAAAUCAUCAUUUGUGUGUGCGUAUCCUAUGCAAAAAUCACAGUGUGGGAAAAACCAUGAAGCCAGCUAAUGCCUCCACAUAGCUCCAUCCUUAUUUUAGAUAUUGUUAUAUAUCAGUGAAUCAUGAUGUUUAGCUGCUGAUGUAUCACAGUGUUGAAAACCAGAUAUUGCCCAGUCCUAGUGAUCUGUUCCAACAAAGAGCCGUUGGAAUGUUCUUUUGUGUAAAAGCACAUUAGUUAGUGUCUUAAACUGUCAAUAGAGCUAGGAGUUCAAAAUCAAAAGAUUUUCCCUAUUGUCUUUCUGCCCCAGCCGCCUGGGCCGCAACAUCAAGAGAGGCAGAGCAGGUAUACGCAGAACUGUGGAGGGGAGUGGAUAAAAAGCUGUAGGCAGGCAGAGAUGGUUGAUGAGUUUUCUGGCUAAUUUCAGAAUAUAACAACAAUGAAUGCAUGAUCUAACAUCUGUAGUAGUCAUGAACGUGUUGCCAUUUGCUUUUAACUCUGCACAGCUGGAGCUGCAUAUUGAACCUUUUUAAUAUUCCUUUGCUAUGUUCACUGAAUAUUGAGCAAGUCCCCCCCCCUUUUCCCCCCUACAAAUUCUCAAAAACAUGACGCUUUGGCCAAACUUUGAAUAAAAAGUGUACCAUGUUCUUUUUCAGAUGGAUGGCUUCCAAAGACACUUUGACAGUCAGAUUAUUAGCUAUGGAAAGCAAAUAAUUGUUAACCUGGUAAGAUUUGAAUUUAAUUGUACAUUUGAGUUCAGGAAAAUGUUAUCGCUGCUGCGUGUGACCUUUUUCUUCCUUUGCAGGUUAACCAGAAGGGCUCAGAAAAGCCGCUUGAGCAAACGUUUUCAAAAAUGGUAAACAGCUUGGGAAAUGGAAUGGUCAGGUACAUGCUAAACGAAAUAGUAUUUGCAUCAGUAUCAGAACAACUGCCUGGUUUAGACAUAAAAUUGUACCUGCAUGUGAAGAUGUCAAGUUCUGUGUGAAUUCAAUGAUAACAUGCUUUCUGUAGUUGCACAGAUUUUAUUUAGGACUUUAAAUGAAACCGCACGGCUUACUACUGUCCCUCUUUUUAAUUUGUCUAUCACCCAUUCUUCACCACAGGUCCCAGGGCAGGUUACAAUAGUUUAAAAGCAGAAAUUAAAAAACAAUUGGAACAGAUCAGUCACAGGAAUCGUGUGGGCCCCAGAAACACAACUCUCUCUUGUCAAAGGACAGGAUAAAGAGAUGUGUUUGCGCUCGCGUGCACACACACACACACACACACACACACACACAAAUGUGCUAGGGCAAAACUUGCUCCAGAAAGAUUGAAUCCCCUUUCUGGACCACGACAAAUAAAGAAUAAACCUGUGCAGAUUCUAAGCAUGCCCAUAUUAAGACCACCAUCGGAGUUCAGAGAUGAGAGAGGAAGAAAUGGAAGUAGAAUGGUUGCUACAAGAGUUCAUGGUUGGCCGGGUGGAGAGAUCCAUGAAGAUGGUAGGUAGCUGGCUGUCCUGGGAUGGAGGAAGAUCCCCUCCAAGCAAACUGUCAAAUAUAAGGGUGGUCAUGUCAUACAGUCCAGAAGCUGUACGCCGGCUCCCUCAGCCAAUAAAGCGAGACGCGCACCUCAACCCCCGAGUUGGCCACGAGUGGACCUAAUGGUCAGGGGUCCCUUUACCUUUACGUCAUACAGUAGGAGAGGCAAGAUGCAAGAGUGCCAUUGUGUGGCUUUUGAUUUGGAAAUGUUUAUUUGGGAGGUGAAAUUAAGGAUUAUAAGCCUGUUGCUGGAGAAGACUGCAGGCAAAAGUUUGUUUGUUUGUUUGUUUGUUUGAAUUGGAAAGAAAAAUGCAAACUGAACACCUCCCACCCCACAACCUAAAAAGCGUAAGUUCACUGGACAGUUUGCAGUAAAAAAAAAAAAAAACCACCAACAAAAACCUUUAACUCUGAAAAAAAACACAUUACACUUUCAUGUGAAGCUGGCAAGAGUUAUCUUUCAACAACUAACCCUUUUAGGUGGGCAGAGCAUGCUUUUUAAAAACUUUUGUACAGUUCCGAGCCCCACUUUUCUCCCCUGCUAACAGAGACCUUUGUCCAUCCCAAAGACAAAAUCCUGUUUCAUAGUUAAUAUGAUGCCUGGUACGUUUUGAGAAAAUGCUUUAUCAGGGGAACCUCAUACUGCUUAAUAAUGCAAGUUUUUAUUUUUCUGACCUUUUAUUCCCCCACCCUGUCCGCUGCCCCGAUCCCAAUUCAGACACUGAAUAGCUUCCUAACUCACAUGUGCUUUCUCUGCCCAGAUAUGUAGCAUUUGAUUUCCACAAAGAAUGCAGUCAUAUGAGGUGGGAUCGGCUCCAGAUUUUAAUGGAUCAACUAGCUGAACAGCAAGAUGAAUUGAGGUAAUAUAAAUGACUAAACAACAACAACAACAGUCAUGUCAUAUGCAACUGCACUGUGCAGGCAUUUAGUUGUGGUUAGUGGACGUUACAUAAUAAUUUGAUUUGUACACAGCAGACACUGAAAGUAAACUGCUGCCUUAGUCCCAAAGAAAUUUGCAUGGUUGUAGUGAUUCUUAAGGAAGAUUAUAUCAACAAUCAGUGAUCUGGGCUGAAAUUAACUGCAUUGAUUUAAUAGAAACUUAACUUCCCUUUGGAUUUACCUAAACUAGAUCCUCUGAACUUGUGUGGCUCCUUUUCCAUUUCUACACAACGGUAUAAGGAUCUUGAUAAUACGGCAUCAUUAUAGUUGGCCAUUUUUUAAAUAUAAAGCUGGUGUUCACUGCAAAGAUGUGUUCCAUUUAAAAUCUUAAACCAGAGACAACUGCGCUUGGUUACAAAGUUAGCACAUUUUGAUUUCUGAGAAUGGAUAAAUCUCCAAAGGCUAACCAGCAGAAAUCUCAGAAUUGAAUUCCAUGUCCUAACAAGAUUAAAACAUCUCUACGGAACAGGAAGCCCUUUGAUUUCCUGGGACGUGUUUAUUAUUAACAGAACACUUCCUUUUAAAACACUGCUCUUUGAAUAAGAAUUUAGUAUGGAUGUUCAAGAUCAGUCAUAAUAAAUAAUACACAUAGCUUUUAGUAGGACAUCUUAUAAAUUUCAAUAGAAGGAAAAGGAUGAAACGUUAAUCCAGAUUCUGUAAUGAGAACCUUGUUUUCUCAUGAGAAUCAGAAAAUGCAUUUUCCAGAUGCGUUGUGGGCAACAGCCAACUAUUGCCUUGCCCUAGUUUGUCUCUCCUCUAAAACAGGCUCUGAGUAUUAGUGAAUCAGGGUCUAGAGGCCAAGAGCAUGUGAUCUUUUUACUUCAAUUCGCAGACAUUUAUGCUGUACUGCAAGCAGCUUUUGGGUCUCUCCUUGAUUUUGAACAUAGCCUGCCGUCUGGCCUGGAGGCUGCUUUCAAGAAACAAGUCCAGAAUCACUUGGGCACGUAGAACAGUUUUCCUUCUCUGGGGAUCCUGGCAGUCAUUUCAGACAUCUGGUCUUGAAAGAUAUUAAAAAGCGCAUCUUGGCAGGUGCUUGUAGUAAGAGAAAUGAAAAGUAGAAUGAUUAAAUAGUUAGAUGAUUGCAACCUUUGUGAUCUAAGCAAAACUUGUUCAUGGUGCACUUAACCAGCGAUACUUCAGAGUCUGUGGGAAAACUCUAAAGUUAAGGAGAUUGUUUUGGGAUUAUUUUCUUUUUAAAAAAAAAUAUUCUGGAAAACCUUCAGAAAUAUUUUUCUUUGCUGAUGCUACAGCUGUAGUAGCGUUUCAACAAAAAAUGUAAAAGUGGUAUUUUGUGAAUUCUUAGGCAAGCUCCCUUGUGUAUUUCAGCUACUUUCUGGUUGAUUCUGAUGGGAAGGUGGUGAUGCAGCAAGAAGGGACAUUCCGCAGUAAUUGUAUGGACUGCCUGGACCGGACGAAUGUGAUUCAAAGCCUUCUGGCACGGCGCUCUCUCCAAGCACAACUUCAGGUGAUGAUUGCCUCCUAGUCUCUCCGUUUCCCUUUAAAAGCUGCGUGUAAAGGGAUGCUGCUGGCCUUCUAGAAAUUUGAUAAAACAAAAUAUUCUAUAUUUACAUAGUGCAAACGUCUACAUAGAUGUGAAGCUCCUAUUUCAAGUUUAUGUUUCUGGAACGUGCUUUUUCUGGCACAUUAAAAUGGUCCCGUUUUCAUACAGUAACAGUUUCUGUUGUCGUUGCAGAGAUUAGGCGUUUUGCAUGUUGGCCAGAGAAUUGAAGAACAAGCAGAAUUUGAGAAGCUUUAUAAAAAUGGUAGGUUUUGGUUUUAGUCACCAAGCCGACUUUACUUUUAUGAGCAUCUUAUUUGGAGUCUCUUUUUAAAGGGGAAAAAAAUGUUCUCUGUUCAUAGCUUGGGCCGAUAAUGCGAAUGCAUGUGCCAAACAAUACGCCGGAACGGGUGCCUUAAAGACAGACUACACGAGGCAAGUUUGAACCAAUCUUUCUUGGGAGAAAAUGUAUUGUAACUUCACUAAGAGCAGUUACCUGUUGUUCAGACACUCUGAACUUGCUUCCAUAGUUGCUGCGUAUUACCGUACAUGGAAUCAUACAGUGGGAAGGGACCCUGAGGCUUAUCUAGAAAUAAUUUGAAAAAUUGUAUCUCGUUCAGCCAAGCUAUUAGGAUUCUCAAAGCAGUGUGCAGCCGUUAAUCACUAAAAUAAAAGCAGACUAAAACUAUAAAAUAGCAUAUGGCAGAAUCCGUGACCAGGGAGAAGAGUCGGUGGAAGAAGAUUGGAAGAAAUUUAAAGACUAUUUACAGAAAUAUUGUAAAAUUAAUGAAUGUUAGAAUGAUGUUGGAUUGAAGUUAAGUGGUUUCUAGUUGUAUAGGUACAAAAGAAUAUGGAAAAAUUGGUUUUUAAUAGGUAAAAAUCUAACGUUACAAUAUAUCAAGACUAAGGAUUAGGAUUAAAAAGGAGGGAAAGGAAUUGUUGGAUUAACAAAUUUAAUUGGAAUACAAAAGAGGGAGGUAUGAGGAGGUCCGGGAAACAAGUAAACGUAAAAGAAGUGAGGAAAAGAUGGAAUUGUUUUUAACUGUUUUUUCUUUUUUCUUUGUAUUUUUCCUUUUUAUUGUUAAUUUUUUUUUAUUAAUGUGAUUUUUUUCCCUUUGAAACUUUAAUAAAUAUUAUUUUUUUAAAAAACAAACAAACUAUAAAAUAGCAUAAAGCCAGCAAAUAUGCUAUGUAGAAAAUACUACCUCUGUUACUUAGUGCUUCUGUUUUAUUUAUCCAGACCAGGGUGGUGCAACAUUUCAUACCAAAUGGGCCACAAGAGUUUUCCAACAUGGGACCCAAGGGCUGCACACUGCUUUGUCCUGUGGGGGUAGAGAGUGAGGCCAAAAUUUGACACCUACCUCUGGCAGGGUCCUAAAGCCCUCCCACCUUCUUCCCAAAGCUGGCAAAGCGCUAACUAGACUUUGGGAAGGAGGUGGACUCUAGGACCCUGUCAGAGCCCUCAAGCAUCGUUCCCAAAUCCCAGCGACUCUCUUUCCCAGCUUUGGGAAGGUAGCAUGAGCGCUGCGAAGCAGGGGCUGGGGAUUGUCAAAUGCUACCAAGGGCCACCCAAAAGGCCUUGGGGGCCGCACAUUGGACUACCCUGAUUUAGGCUUAUAAUGUGAACGGCUGUAACUUUCCACGUUUUUACUGCUCUUGGCAACUUCCCUUGCUACAAUCUUAAAUGAAAAUAGUAUCUUUGUCGUAUGCUGUUUAUACAGGCAGCUGUUCCACAGCUAAAUUCCUCCAUCAGUUGCAUAUUUUCUCAGGCUAAAUACAACCUUGAUAAGAAUCGUUAGUCCAGAUUCUGAAUAAAUGAGGAUAAAACAUCGCUAUAGAGUCCAUGCUAGUAUCUGGACCAUUUGUGCAAAUGUGUGAAAGGGAGGAACUCUCUGAAGGGUUUAUUUUUGAAAUCACGAGGCCUUACUGUGGAGCCCUUGGUAACUCUUUGUGGUGGUGGGGAGGGGGAAAUUGGGUUGAACUGGAAAAAGUGCUUUGGUUAUAAAAGAAAGGCUAGACGAUUUGAGGCCUACCUUUUCAGUUUGGGGGUAGAGAGUGAAGAUACACACCCCUCCCUGGUGCUCCUACCACUACCAAUAUUAGACCAGUUCCUUAUAAGCAACAGAUUUCAAUUUUCCCUGUUGAAAAUGUCUGCUUUUAUUAUUAUUUUUUAAUAGAACUGGGAAGAGAACUCAGUGGGGCCUCCUGAUGGAUGGUUGGAACUCACUCAUUCGCUACUACAAAAACAACUUUUCUGAUGGAUUUAGACAGGUAAGAACUUCCUAGCAUUUGGCUUUUCCGGUUGCUUUUUAUUUAGCUUGAAAAAUGUGCUGUGCGUUGAAAGGAACGAAAAAUGCCGUGGUCACUCUGCUCCAGGGCUUAUGGAAGCGGGAGAUUCCGGUGUGGUGAGGUCAGGCAGUCAUAAAAAUUGCAGUGAGGACUUGGCUACUGUCAUGUUGAAAAGGAUUCCAAGAAUUGGAAGGAGGGAGGCAACAAAGGAGAGGGACGUGACAUUUGACAAGCCAGCAAAUGGCAAGCGGAUCCCGGCAUUUGGAGAAGCAUAGGUGUAAUGUAUAGAACUGGGAGAGGAGACCUUUCAUCAGAGGCACCUUGAAGUCACUGGAAAGAUGGCCUGCAAGUGGGGAAGGAAAGCUGUCAGAAGAAAAGUCGCAACUUUUUAGAUGACAAAUGGGCAGAGUACAGUAACUGGAGGGUGGGUUUUGGUGGUGCCGAGUAGGUUAAUAUGGGACUUGAUUCUCAACCGUUUAACUCUGGAUUGCUUUGCAGGACGCUAUAGAUCUUUUUCUUGGAAACUAUUCGGUGGAUGAAGUCGAUUCUCUCAGUCCUCUUCAUGUGCAGAAAGACUGGAAAUUUUUGGCUGUAAGAGUUUUUCCAUUUUUGUGUGCUUAUCUUUAUAUAACACUAUUUAAACUUAGUUGAAUCAGGCUAAGAUUAACAAUGUGUUGUGGUUGCAUGUAUUUUACAUUUUACUUACUGGAACUGAAGCCCUGGUUUGGCUUUUGCAAAGAGUAGAGCAACUUUCAUGGCUUACGUUUGGGGCUAGUGAAAAAAAACUGUGUGUCCAGUAUUGGACUUGUAUCCCUCUGUUCCUGGGCUAUCAAGCAGACUUGGGAGAUAGUUACUUGCUGUCCAGAGGAUAGCGUCUCACCUAAUGUUCUCUCCUCCCCUUGCAUAACUAUGGGGAAGAUUUUUACCGAGUUUAUUUUCUUCGAAACAGAAUCUUUGCUUUCCGUAUACCCCAAAUCCUGGUUGAAAAACAAACAGCAGUUAAUUGCUAAACAAAUGAUGUUGGCUUGUUUGGCAGGAACCCACUGUUGGUUUUAAACAAGGAUUUCUGGUUUGCAUGCAAUGCUGGUGUUCUUUGAAGCUGAAAGUUAACUGGGCAGAAAUCUUCCUCCUGGCUGGCUGGAAGUGCGCAAGCCCAGAACUUGUCCACACAGCACUAGACCAAGGCUUAGUGCACGCACAAAACAGUCCAGCAGGGAUCUGAACUCUGAUUUCAUGCAUGUAAAACCUAGCUAUGACACCAUCCUACAAUAUACAGUGGCUGAGAUAUAGAACUGAUCCUGUUCUCUGCAGCUGAGCAGAAUAGGAUGGCGUGCUAGGCUCUUGCCACAAGAGGCGCCUUUCCCCUGUUGUUUUGGUGCUGCUCCCUGUACCGUAAACUGAGGCAGUAACUGCCUGUGCUGUUUCAGCAGCACUCCAAAUAAGCCUCAGAGAUGUAAAGUGUACUGGGGGGGGGGCAUGAGCUACCGGUGACCUUCUUUGAACCUCCAGACUCUCCCCUGCCACUUGGGCAGUUUUCUGAUGGCCCAGCAGUGCAGCAGUGGAAUUGCAGGUGUGACUUUUAACAAAGAUGGGACUGAGAGCCCAGCUCUUCCUUGGCUGGCUUCCCGCAGGCGGCGUUUCACAGCUGUCACAGUACUUGUGUGAGCAUCGGGGAGCUAGCUGUUGUUUUCUGCUCGUGAUCAAUAAGGAGGCUAAAAAUAGAAGCGCUAUUAGCAAAACUUCAGGUGCACUUGGAAUUGUGGGCAAGUAUCAGCAGCUGUUCUCUGUAGAGAUUUCUGCAGGGAGAAGCAAGCAAAGGGGUUUUUGCGUGUGUGAAUUUCACAAUAGCUGCUGUUAACGCUGCAGAAUGUGUGGCAGGCAGAACAGAGAUCAGCUUUCAGCAGACUGGUGCCCUCCAGAUGUUUUGGACCACAAUUCCCAAUUCUCAGCCAGCUGUGCUUGCAGAGAGAUGUCAUCUAAAACAUCUGGAGGACGCCAGGUUAGCAAGGGCUGGUCUACACACACCUCUUUACCCCUGUCUGUGAUGCCUGAGAUGUGCGCUUUCCUGACCCACAUGAUUUCUGUUACUGUAAUUAGCGGUGUUUGAAAUUCACCAGGCACAUUUUGCACUUUGCACCUGGCUAUCGGCCACUUGCAACCAAAUGAAGAUAAGAUAGGAAGGCGAUUGGUCAUCUGUAGCCUCUGCCCACUUGGCGAACCCUAGUGCUGUGACCUCUCUGUAGCCCCCUGGAAAUCCAGGCAAAUGGAGGCAGGAGGAUGCUCUGCUUUAGUUUUUGCUGUCAUGGGCUAAAGACAGACAUCUUCCUACACAGUUACAGGCACCAGUGGGAUGUGGGUGGAGCUGUGGUCUAAACCACUGAGCCUCUUGGGCUUGCUGAUCAGAAGGUCGGCGGUUUGAACCCCCGCGACAGGGUGAACUCCCGUUGCUCUGUCCCAGCUCCUGCCAACCUAGCACUUCGAAAGCAUGCCAGUGCAAGCAGAUAAAUAGGUACCACUGUGGCGGCAAGGUAAACGGCAUUUCCAUGCGCUCUGGUUUCCGUCACGGUGUUCCUUUGCGCCAGAAGCAGUUUAGUCAUGCUGGCCACAUGAUCUGACGCUGGCUCCUUCGGCCUGAGGCGAGAUGAGCACCACACCCCAUAGUCGCCUUUGACUGGACUUAACUGUCCAGGGGUCCUUUACCUUUACAGGCACCAGGCAGUAAACUGCAAUACUGAAACUUUUCUGUACAUCUGAAGAGCAGGGGGAAGUCAAACGCACUGUUUUUUGUUUCUUAUACGUGCUACCUUUCUUCCGAAGUCGAUAUGGCGUAUGCAGGGUUCCUAGGCAGUCAUUCAUUUCUGCAUAGUGUGAGAGGAAGCAUGCAAGCCUAAGGCUCAUCACAAUCCUGCCAGGCAUAGAAAGGUGGGGUGUGGGAAGUAAUGCCUGUGUGGCCACGCUAUGGAAUCAUAGAAUUGUAGAGUGUCAGAGACCACGAGAGGCAUCUAGUCCACUCCCUCCAAUGCAAAGAAUCUUUUUCCCAAUGUGGGGCUCAAACCCAUCACCCCAAGAUCCUGCUCCACCAACAGAGUUGUUCUUUGGUGCUUGGAAAUACGGUUUGUGAGCUGAGCAGGUAAUGCAAGAAACAGUGGGAGUGAGAUGGACUCUGGUGAAAAUAGCACAGGGAGGAAAUGAGCAGGAAUCAGAAGGGCUGGCAGAACUUUUAGAGGGCAAAAAUCCUGUUCCUCGCCCAACUUCACUAAGUUUUCAUAGAGCCAAAUACAACCAAGCUGUUCUGGAACCAGUGCCUGCACCUGUUCCUGCAACUCAUGCAAACUUUGCAGAAAUGAACGUUCUUUGUUUUCUGUAGCACGUUUAAUGUCCAAAAGUCCCAUACAAUAUCCUUUGUGCUGCACAACAGGGUUUAAUACAUUGCAGCAAGUUAGAUGCGGUGACUAGCUUUUCCGGCAACAAAGGAGGAUUCCUCCUGUAUUUUAAAGGCUGCCAAAUUAUGGCGUAAGGUUUUGUUGGCUGAAGCUGAUUGCAUCUGACGAAACAACCCUGAGAGUUAUGCCACAAUAAAUUUGUUGGUGUAUGAAACAUUUCUGAAAAUGGGGUAUGCUCAGAAUAACUCCUGUUUCUGAUCAGAUUGGCAUGUUAAGAUUACUGAUGUGCUAGCACCAUACUCUCUACUUUGUGUAUAACUGAGCUGUGAAACAGUAUUAUGUAUUGCCUUUUAAUUGUUUUCCCCCCAUUUUCUUUCUCAGUUGCCUAUUAUUAUGGUGGUGGCUUUCUCGAUGUGCAUUAUCUGUUUGCUUAUGGCUGGUAAGUGAUCAUCUGACCUGUGCGUGAAAUUCACAGCAAUAGUGUACAUAAGUCAAUGGCAGCAGCUUCUUGGAAGUUAACGAGAGGUUUUUAUAGGAGCUCUUUCUGCAAUUGGGUAUCAUCAGAGCUAGACACAGGCAGUUUGUGGGUGAGAAUUUACAAGCAUCGUAGCAAACAAGUCACAAAAACUGAUGGCUAGCCUCAUGUUUAUGAGUUCAGUGUACUCCAGGAAAAAACCCCUUGAAGCAGCAUAGGAUCUUUGGACCUUGGUACCAGCAGCCUGCCCAAGCUGGUCCUUUGCUCCAAAGCAUAAUCUUCCACACCGAGAUUGCCUAAAUCCUCAUUUGCUGAAAAUGUAGAGCAAGAACAAAGGGACAUCAUACGUACACGCAGGAAAAACUUUUGUGGCCAAGAAUUCAUAUUGUUCAAGUAUUAGGAGCUGAAUUUCAACUAUAGUAGAGCCGAUUUUAACCUCUGUAUUUGCAAUGACUUAGUAAACAUGAUUAGGUGGCCAAAUAACCAGAGCCCCAUUACCUUUUCAGAUACAUAUUAUCAGUGCUAUGUCCUAGGUCAAAAUCAUGUUUCCUAAAGAAAGUUAAUAUUUCUUUAAAAUAGAAGGGAGGAAUUGCAGUGAUGAUGCAUUAUAAUGAUAUACAAUAGCUUAUGGGCCACUUAACGGCAUCCCCCGCUGAAUCAAAUAUUCUCCCUCAUAAGCUACAGGGACUGGAGCAUUUCAGGUGCGUCCAAAUGACGAACACCUUUACUAUGCCUGAUGUCAUCAGUCAGUGGGAAAUUCAAACCAUGGCUGCUGCAAAGUGCCUAACGGUGCCUGCAAAAGAAUGGGGAGUGCCCUUAGCGUGCACCCGACUCUUCCUUUGCAGCUGCGGGCUGAAAUUAAGAGCACCUGGUGCCAGGUGAUUGCUAGGUAGGUGGACCCCACUUGCCUGUCUGAAAUGGCCCACGGAGGGUUGGCUGCUUUUGCAUGCAGCCCAUUUCCUCACCCUUGAUGCUGUGGGAGACUUGCAUUCUGGUGUUUUGCUGUGCCAUGUGCUCUCUUUCACAAUACAUUUUCUGCAAAGGCCCAUACCACCUGCUGUAUAUUUUCCUAAUACUCUCCGUCACCCUUCAGGUUCCCAAAUGUCACCUUCAUACAUAUGAAAAUAUUCUCACCACUUCUGCUAAUAAAUACGUUGGCGGCGUGUGGGGAAGAACACUGAGAUUUGUAGAUCUGAAAUUGCACUUCAGAAUUCUAGCAGGCUUCUCUUUUUCUGGUCGCUAAUAUAGUUUCUUAAUAGUCCUUGUACGUAGCUGAAAGCAAUUUAUUGUGUCCACAGGUGACACCUGGACAGAGACCCUGGCCUACGUGGUUUUCUGGGGAAGCGCAAGCUUUGGAACUCUUGCUAUCAUCCUUUACAACGGCAAGGAUUUUGUAGAUGCGCCCAGGCUGGUUCAGAAGGAGAAGAUGGACUGAAUUUGUGUGUGUGGAAAACAGCUUGGUAGGGAUGGCUCCUCAACCAGUACCUGGAGCCUCUACUGACCUGCUUUCCACACAAGCUCGUGGUCUUUUUUUCUUUUUAGCUUUCAUCUUUGCAGGGUGAAAAAUUGAAUCGAACUUACUACUUGGUGGAGGGGAUUCACCGUUUUGAUUCUAUAGUCACAAUGAUCUUAGGAGUAUUGCAUUUACUGGAGAGCUUGCGCACAUAACCGUUAGGAGGAUUAAGAGAUGAAAGCCAGUUUGCACCGUCGUCCCACAGGGUGUUAACUGGAUUCACAAAAAGGGUGUGCCAAGCUUCACAACCCAUGAAUGUAGUAUUGUAAAAUCUUUUGAGAUGUCUCAGCCUUCUUUUUAAAAAAAGAUGCUGUUCUCCUGACGUUACUUAGCGAUCUAGCCACUACUAGGGUACAACCAGGUUACAAUAUCUGAUACUAGUAAAAAGCCUUGCUUAUUAACAAUAUCAACAAUUGCUGCUUAAUUAAACUUCUGUUGAGUGCCCUUGUAGCCAGGAUGAAAGUCGAUGUAUCAAGCGCAGGGUUGUAUGUAUUUGUGUGUGUCUCCCCCAAUAUAUUUUUCUCCUCGUGCUCCCUUAUCUAAAGGCGAGUCUCUCCUGCCAUUUCUGGGACUGCUGAUGCAAUAUUCUGUUUAAAUCAUUGUCGGGAGGAUUCACUCUGUUUGGAACGUGUCCUGUGCUGCUUUAAUUACUACAGUCCUUAGAAGACUUAGAUGACAAACUUCAGUGUGAUUAAAGAUUGUUUUGUCUCUUAAGAAGAUGUAAAUGGAAUCAAAGAAUGUAAAGCUACUUAUCGGAACCCUCUUACGCUAAAGGUCCAAAGUAUUUGCUUCUUUCCGAAGAGUCUCAAACGCAGAAGGUAUUUCUUAUUAAUUUGGCAAACCACCUGCUGCUUUAUGCUGCCUUGGUUUUAGGAGGGGUAAUCUGUGGAAGACAAUAUACAUUUAUUUGAUGCAUUUGGGGGGAGGGGAGGGGAGGUGAAGUUAAUUCCAUAUUUGCACUUGGGAUCAACAUCAGCUUGCUUUUUGUGCAUGCCGUAAUUAUAUUUCUCUACAAAUGUAACUUUCUCUGGAAACUACUAAGCUCUAAGAAUAGCCUUGUGCUGGUUAUCAAUAAAUGUGUGUCUCAACUUUAGUGCUUCCAAGCUUUAUAUUAAAAACUAGAUGAUCUAAAUCCAAGGACCAAUUUUAAACUACUUUGUCAACCAUUUUCUAAUUACUUGCGUUCAGAACCAGACACGGAUCAGCUUCAGGUACUGUGAAUUGUUUAAUUAUACUUCCUGUAAUUACAGCUGUAUAGUCGAGAUUGCAAUUAUGAAUUUAAGUAUUAGGCGGACAUGUAGACAACUAGGGGUUAAUACAAUUGGUCAUUCCAAGCUAAAACACAACUUGCUGUGCAGUUUUUUCAUUGUAUGACAAUUGAACAUACUGUACCGUAUGGAAACAGCAACUGUUCAUUUUAACCUUUGAAUGUUUGAGGGUCUCUGAGUUUGUUUCAAUAUUAUUCUCACAGUCCUUGUAAUAACAUACACAGUUUUUGUUUGUAGAGGAAGGAACAGUCAGCAGAGUUUGAAAACUAAAAUCCAAGUCAUCCACUUCAAUGCGUGGAAAAUAUAAAAAAGGUCUUGCAUCAAAUGUUUGAUUUAAUGUUCAUUAGCAGAUCAUUUUUUAAGUGACUCCUGCUUUUGUCCUUCUGAUGCACUUCCCAUUAAGAACUUGUUGCAACAAAGAAGAAAGUUUGGGCAGCUAGCAUUGUUAGAGAAGAACUAAAUUUCUGUAGGCUUGAGGUUUGGAAGGAUGUCUGUUUUCCAUUGCUUUGCAAAGAGGUUGCAUUUCUAAGUCCACACAGUGUACUCAAACAAUAAUAAAACUUCCAUCUUUUCUAAAUACUGAAUUCUGUCUCUGAAUCCUGAUUGAUUAAUGGACAAAAUGUGUAUUGGGACUGUGGUUAAAGGCAGAAUGAAGAUGAAUAGCUACAGACUAG